AUGUUUAACCUUGCUACCAAGCCGACACCUCGUGCGAUGGCUCGUCAGUUGAACUUGCCCGAAACCCCCCACCUUCCCGAUGAAUCGAUGCCCACGCCGACCUACGAGCAGCCCGGGGACCGCGCCUUCCAAAAUUAUAAGAGAAUCGUAUUUAGCAUUGCGUCCAUGGCCGUGGUGGGUACUGUGGCCGCCCUGGCUCUGUAUAACCCGAACGCGUCGACCUCGAACGCCUCUGUGGGUGCCUCCGCCUUGGGUCGUCCCGACCUCAGCAACGAAGCGCCCCCCCAACAUCCCGAGUUGCCCGCCGAGCUAGACCGAUUGGCUAGGCAGAACGCUGCUACCACCACGGUGCCGUACCUUCGAGCUGGUGCCCCUGAUGCUACCGCCGUCGGGGUGCCCUACCUUGUUGGCUCGGCUGGAACUUGGGAAGAUAAGCCAACCCUCCAGGGUGCAGCAUUGGAGAGGGAAGUGGAGCAGCUUCUCCAAGCGAAAAGCAACGCCAAGAGCGUUGAUACACUCAAUGGGCCCCCGUCCCAUGUCAAGCUACUGGAGCUGCAGCAGGCCAAAAAGCAAUCUCACGACAGUAUCGCCGUGCCGUACCUUGUGAUCUCUGCUGAUUCCUACGACGAUACCCACGCGGUGUUUGCCAAAGAAUUGGAGCUGCUCAAGGCGAAACACAACGUGAAGGGUCUACACGAAGGCCAACCGGCCAAGGAUAAGCUGCUGCACCUCCUUCUAGCCAAGAAGCAACACAACGAUGGCGCUGCUGACGUUGUGGACAUUGCCCAAGUCGAUCAAGAUGGGGCCGUUGUCGUGCCGUACUUGUGGGAAAACUCGGACGAUCAGGUCCCACUCACCAUAUUGGGCGAUAAGAGCGUUGCUACAGCCCAGUCGGUCAAGGAAAAGUUGGUCAAGGUUAAAGUGAACAACGCCAAGGCCAGCGUUGGCUCUCAGCAGCGACGCAACGGACUGGAGCUACUCAAUGCGGAUGUUGUAGCCAAGCUGUCGGGGGAUGAAGUGUUCGACGAAGGGACUCACGACAGAUUGGAGAAACUUCUCGUCUUGCUUGAUGCCCGAAACAAGGACCAAGCCAAGUACAAGGAAACUGCGCUGUACAAGGCGGCAGAAAAGGGCCAAGUAGCCGUGGUCCGCCAACUGCUCGAGCAUCCAGACAUCAACGUCAACUUGCCCAACGAUGAAGCCACCCGACUUUGA